CCUGACAAGUUCUGUUGUGUGCCAAAAAAGUUCUUCAUUCUCUCAGCCUCAAAUAAAAGAAAAGAUGCCGAAGAGAUUAGUGUAUUUGUAAUUAAUAAUUCACAGCCUUGUCGUCUUGUCAUAAUCGAUAGCCUACGCCCAGUGCAGAGCUUAACUUCAGGAGGCCGCCAGCGGCGGGCGGUCGGUCGGUCGGUCGGUGUAACAUUUGCAUGCAGCAGACAUGGCCGGCAGAAGAUCGAUAUGGCAAGAACAAUGAGGCUCUAUUUCUUGUUGACGUUUCUUGUGAUUGGUGGUGUUUUCCAACAAGUGAGCAGUCAGACGUGUAGCUCUAGUGUUGCUCUGGGUAUGGAGGAUGACACAAUAAAUGAUGAGCAGCUGACGGCAUCCAGCUAUAUCAGCGGUUAUUUCCCCAAAAAUGGCCGCUAUAUGUCAACUAGUGACAACUUCUGCUGGAUUCCUGAAACUAACUCUGGUUGUUGGUUUCAAGUGGACUUUCUCGCAAAUACAGUCAUUGAUGGAAUCUUAACCCAAACUCGAAGGGAUCUUUCUACGGACAUUCGAAGAAUUAAGGCUUUUACCCUCCAGUACAGCUAUGAUGGCUCUACAUUCUACUACUAUGAAGAGAAUGGUAGCACUGAGACUAUUUACGGCAAUGUUGAUGCAGCGUCAACUGUUACCAACACAUUUGGGCCAAUCUUUGCACGUUUCCUCCGUUUGAACAUGAAGACAUUUGCCGUAAAGCCUGCACUGAGAGCCGAAUACUAUGGCUGCUACAACGAGAUGGACACAUGUACAGCUUGGGUUGGUGCAGUGUCUCCAACAGACAGUGGUUGGUUUUUCAUCACCGAUUCCAGCGCUCUGACAAUAGACGAGAAUACAAACAGGGCUAACACAGGAUUCUGCCUUCUGCUCGCCACAAAUUGGUAUUCCUGCCACCAUGCUCUGGGGAUGGAGUCGGGUGAUAUCACAGAUGACAUGGUCACUGCUUCCUCUGAAAGCAAUUCUAAUUUUGGUGCAAAGAACGCCAGACCAGGCAACAGCAAAUAUUGGCGCCCUAGUGCGGAUAGCAUAAAUGAGUGGCUGCAAAUACAGCUCCCUAUCCAUACGUAUAUUAGUGCAUUUUCAACUGAGAAAUCCCCGAACGCCAACAACGGUCUGUUGGAAUAUGUCGUCGCAUUUUCACAUGAUGGAGAAAAUUUUCUUUUUUAUCAGGAAAAUGGUGAGAACAAGACAUUCUCCGUGGAUACCAUUGGUCGUAUACAGGGACCUACUCCGUAUAGAUACGUAAGGUUUUAUCCAAUAUCUUGGGAUAAUUACAUCGGAGUAAGAGUUGAGGUGUAUGGAUGCACCCCACCUCUUGUUAAUUGCGACUUUCUCCAGUUGAGCUAUGACGUUACAGGAGGCUGGUUCACUGUAAACUCUGGUAGUGGUAACGAGACAGUUUACUGUUCGCCGUACAGUCACAACUUUGAGCCUUGCGUAGAUGCUUUAGGAAUGGAGUCUCUGGUAAUACGAGACGAUCAGCUCAGUGCGUCGUCUGUCAAGGAAGACAACCCAGAUUUCGGCGCAGCCUACGGUCGGCUGAACGAUGCCCGUACGGCUGGAGAGGGGUGGAUUGCCAAUGUCAAUGAUGCAAAUCAGUGGCUUAAGGUUGACACAGAAGCUCUGACGACUAUUACAAAAAUCUCGAUUCAAUCCCGAGGAGGGGCAAACAAUGACCAAAUGGUUUCCACUUUUAAGGUUGAGUAUAGCUACGAUGACGCUAGCUACACAGAAUAUCAAGAGAACAAUGCAGAAGUAGUCUUUCAGGGCAGCGUGUCAAGUGAUGUUAUCGUGCAUAGUUACCUAACUACUUCAAUCCUGGUGCGAUAUAUCAAGAUUGUUCCUGUGACGUACACAAAUGCUGUUGCAAUGAGGAUAGAGCUGAGCGGCUGUGUCAACAGUAUUGCUCCUAGUUCAUCUGUAAUCGAACAAGCUGACCUGAUUGGUGGAUGGUUCUUCGCUUCAGAUGGUUCCAUCCAAUACCUUCUGAAUAAUUUCUCUCCCUCUAAAACCAUCUAUUUGGUUCUUGGUAUGGAAGAUUCUAGCAUUGCUGAUAACCAGAUUACUGCCUCUAGUAUCGACGGUGGAUCAAACGCUAAUUAUGCCAGAUUCAACCAUAAUACUGGUUGGACCGCUAGCACUGCUGAUACAGACCAGUACCUACUAAUUGACUUCACAGCAAACACUUAUAUCUCAAAGGUCAUCCUACAAGGAGCGUCAUCUGACUCAUACACAGAGAGUUACUAUUUAUACAUCAGCUGGGAUGGAGUGACGUACAACGCGUAUAAUUACACUGGGGCACAAAAGCUCUUAACUGGUAAUACUGGGGAUGGCGAUUUGUCUGCCGAGGAGUACCUCCAGGAACCUCUCUUCGGUCGGUACCUAAAGAUUAAUCCGCAGAGCUGGACUGGUUCCAAACCUUCCCUGCGUGUUGAGCUGUAUGGAGAUGAAAUCGCUCUCGACACUUGUGAUGAGUGGAAGAAUAGCGGCUACACAACAGCAGGCUAUUAUUUUGUGCAGCGAACAUCCGAGUCAUCGUCCGUUACUGGUGUGUACUGCGAAUUUACCAAAGCCUUUACAAGUUGUUCUGACUAUGCAACUGCAGGGUUUACCGAUGCUGGCUACUUCCUAAUCUAUCCCCAAGGAACGGGAAUCGGCCUAGUGGUCAGAUGUUCGUUCAGCAGUUUCGUAAAUAUUGAAGCUCUUGUUACUGUGACUCAUGACAGGAUAGGCGGGGUAACACUCAGCAGCAGCUCUCCCUCGCCAGGAUCUGUCGUCCACACCUUGGAUUACGGAAACUCGGUUGACAUUGCUGAUAUAACCGCCAUGGCAGCUGCGUCAUCAUUUUGUUACCAGUAUCUCACCUACGAGAGCAACAAGGCCAAAAUAUGGGACAGUGGCACUCAGAAUGUGUGGUGGGAGGACAACGCGGGUAACAAGAUGGCGUACUGGGCCGGGGCUGACCCGUCUGGCUCCAGUGGUUGUCGUUGUGGCCAGCUCAGUAACUGCGUCGAUGACAAUGAAAAAUGCAAUUCGGACUCUGAAAUUAACGACCCGGCGUUCGACGGAGGCUACAUUACAGAUACAAGUGUUCUCCCGGUGACAUCAGUUAAACUUGGAGGUUUUGAUGGCUCUAAUUCUGCCACUUAUAGUUUGGAAGAACUAAACUGCCUUGAGGCUGCGAGUGCUCUCCCUGCAUCCUGCCAAGCAGCCUACACCACACCUGGUCUGUACCUACUCGACCCUGAUGGAAAUGGACCACUUAAUCCUGUUAUUGCUCAAUGCUCCGAGAUUGGGAACGCCAUUGUCACGGAAAUUACCCACGACUUUGUAGGUAGCGUUGAGAUAGUUGAAUAUUCUGGAGCAGGAGAGUUUGCUAAAGACAUCUCUUACAGUGGAGACCUACCCUCCCUAAUUGCUAUGGUUGCAUCGUCCACCGCCUGCUCUCAGUAUCUCGAGAUGAGAUGCUUUGAAGCGAAACUCUUGAGAGGUGAUGAAUCAUGGUGGGUAAGCAGUGAUGGCACAAAGAAAGACCACUGGUCCGGCACAACGAUGUCUGGAAAAUGUGCAUGCGGCGCUACAGGCUCUUGCUAUAAACACAAUAGAAACUGCAAUUGUGAUGAAGGCGCGUCCUACUGGAUGCAAGACAAGGGAUACAUCACUUCCAGGACCGACCUGCCAGUGUCUCAGAUUCGGGCUGGGGACACAUCUUCUAGCAAGCUGGGCUUCAUAACACUAGGCAGUUUGAAGUGUUAUGAAAGAGUUGGUCCGUUGGUUCAGACGUGUUAUGACGUGAAGCAGAGCGGAGAAACAACUAAUGGGUACUACUUGCUCGAUCCCGAUGGAGCAAGCGGAACGGAUGCAUUCAUAGCUGAGUGCGACUUGAACUUUAACUCCACCCACGCCGUGACCAUCUACAAUCACGAUAGCGAGAGCCGUGAGCACGUCGUUGACAUUUCCGGCGACAAGGACUACAUCCGAUCUGUGGUGUAUGAGAACAUGGAUGUUGAGCAGCUGGAGUCCCAAUUCACUCUUGCUUCCAGCGACUACUACCAAACUUGCAAACAGUAUAUUAAAUAUGAAUGCUACGAUGCACGUCUUCUUGAUAGCUCCACUUCGGAAUGGAAGACAUUCAAAGGAGAAAGCAAGACGUACUGGGGAGGUGCCAACGGGCAAGACCUCUAUUGCUCCUGUGGACUCAAUGGAACAUGUAUCGAUACCGAUAAAUUAUGUAACUGUGACAGCCAGACAGCAUCUUGGCUUCAAGACGAUGGUUAUCUGAUCGACUACUUGGAGGAGGUGCUCCCCGUCACUCAGCUUCGUUUCGGUGAUACAGGAGGUGGUGUCGGCAGUGAAGAAGGAUACCACACACUGGGCAAGCUAAUGUGUUACGUUUCAGAAUGUGAGUAUUAAGAAACCCUAGGGAUAGACGAGUCAAAACAUCUCACAGAAAGCGCAAUGGCGUGCGAGCGAUGCUGUAGCUUAGGGAAGCGCGCGCGUCAUGUGUUUUUUUUUAGUUUGAUUUCUCAACAGAUGCUGGCAGAUGAUGUGACAGUGCGAGAGACUCUUCAUGGGAGUCGUGAACGUGGAGUCACAUCAGCAUCAGAGAAGCUCUAGUCAGCCUGGAGUGAGGGUCCAGGACACUGCCUGGAUUGAGGGCCCAGCACACCGCCUGGACUUGGUGCAGAGGCAGUUCUCCUGGAGCUUGACAAAGUAUGGAGGUGGAGGCCUUCCUAUAGCGAACUCAACUGUCUGCAUUUCUGUGGCAAUGACGGCAAGGGGUGAUGCGAUCAGCAAGAUGACUAGGCUCAAGGGAUAUUGCUUUUAUGCACACGUUCUAGCAACCUGUGUCUGCCUGGACAAACUGUAGGAUUUACAGAUCCCGGAAGCCAACAUGAACUGUUCAACUUUUAUUGAAAUGACGGAAUCUACAGACCUUUAUCACAAAGAAGUCAUCUUGUCCCACUCAAAUGAUCCUUGCUUAUGCCGAGCCAAACAUUGAAGCACCAACAUGAUGGACUGCAUUGAUGGCCAUUUUGCUCUGGCUGUCUUCGCUGGGUUUCAUAUAAUAUAAGCAGCAGUGAUUAAAAUCACAGAAAAAAACUUACUAUUUCAUGCAACCAACGAUUUUGAUUCGAUGACUACUCUGUGAUAAGGGUUUGGAGUUGAAGCGACUGUCGGAUCUGGAUGUAGUGUUCUCUUUAAAUUCUGUAAUAUUUUCCACAUUUAUUUUUUACUGAUAAUGCGCAACCUGACGCACACUUUACCAUAUAACCCCCUAUCAAUCUAUGAAAGAGGUGAAAAGGAAACAAUGAAAGAAGAGAAAAGUCUGCAUGCUCGACCCUGCAUUUCAACCCUUGAAAUUCGUAAAACUUUUUGAAAUUAAACGAAUGUACUUAUCAGGAACAAGUGAAAGAAAUCACUUCUGUUAAAGGGGCUGGGUCGUCAUGAUGAAAGCAUGCCUUAGGCUAUACAUGGAGUUAUGAAUUCUCACCAAGUUACUGUUUCUGUCCUCCCUCCUUUUGUAUCAUGUCUAUUCAGAGCGCAUGCGUUCUCUUUAACUGGGUGAGAGGUCAGAAAUCCUUGUAUGACCCGGGUGCUUUGAUUGUGACAACACAGCCCCUUUAAAUGUUUGGUAUUGCCCUUUAAAUUUCUACCUUAGUAUGUUCGGAAGCUUGGCAAAAGACUUGUUGAAAUUGGAAUUAAUAAACCAAAG